GGAUACCCGUAUCCAGACCGCUCGACGACGCGGUACUAUCUAGUUGGAAAAACGACAUCGUCCUUAUCGCGCGACCAUCGACGCAACAACUCCCCUAUUAUUGGUGGCGCGUUUUCACACCCUUUCGAUUGCAACAAAUCGUUUUCAUUAUUUCUCCUGACCCCCUCUAACGACAACUGAAAUACAGUUAUUCUCAAAACAAAACAUAACAAAACAAACAAACCCAAAAAAAAAAAACGUUCACCGAUUGAUUGUAUCCGUCGACCGAAUAGCCCUGCAAUUGAAGUUGUCGGGUAACGCGAUAUGGGAGUAGUGAAGACUGUCUCCGACAGUAUAAUCGAGGAGACUGUCCUACCCAGCGAGGAAGCCAAUCAUUCUCUCCAAGGAUAUGCUGAAGAGUGGAGCGAAAGCUUUCCCUAUCAGUUCCUAAUAGGCACUGGUGUCGCACUCAUGGCUCUCAUGCUUCUCGCCGCAGUGAGUUUUCAGUGCUCAGCAACGUGGAAAUGGUUGUUGGGUGUUGCUCGUCAGGAGCAUGACAACGAAGCCGACGGAGAACUAUCUCAGCAAAAUGCCAUACGAAUUAGUCAUUCGUUACCCGAUCUUCAAUCUGAGCCUGUUACUCAUGAAUACGUUCAAGAACAAAAAGACAGCAAAAAAGUGUUACGACAAACGACGCUGCCUAUUGUACCCAUGCGUCACCAAACCUUCCAACGUCAAUUGUCUCAUCGUUUGGAUUUACCAAACAUCAAAUUCAGCAUCUGUAGUCUCGAAAAUCGUAGUGAUUCGAGCCUCGGUCUUAUCAAGCCGGAGUUGUACAAAAAAGAUCUAACGAGGCAAGAGAGUACAGAAAGUUCGAGUACCACGGAGAUGGAAUGUGCUGGAAAACUUCACUUCGCUCUACGCUACGACAAAGAGAUCGAAGGUCUGGUCGUUAAGGUUUUAGAGGCUCGGGGUUUGCCAGUCAAGGACGUUACCGGAAGCAGCGAUCCUUACGUCAAGGUCUAUCUUUUGCCUGACCGAAAGAAGAAGUUCCAGACAAAAGUGCACCGGAAAAAUUUAGCUCCGAUAUUCAAUGAAACUUUUAUUUUCAGCGUGCCCUAUGAAGAUCUAAGGGAACGUUACGUUCAAUUUUCGGUUUACGAUUUCGAUCGAUUUUCUCGACACGACCUCAUCGGACAGGUGGUUUUGAAAGGACUUUUAGAUUGUACCGAUUUAGAGCAAGAGAUUGAAUAUACGAUGGACAUCCUUUGCGCUCAACAGGAAAAAGUAGAUCUCGGAGAAUUGAUGUUGACUCUUUGUUAUUUGCCAACUGCGGGCCGUUUGACGGUUACCAUCAUCAAGGCACGUAAUUUGAAGGCCAUGGAUAUUACCGGAUCGUCGGAUCCGUACGUCAAAAUAUAUUUGCUAUGCCAAGGGAAGAGGAUAAAAAAGAAAAAGACAACGGUCAAGAAAAAUACGUUGUGCCCAGUUUACAACGAAUCUCUGGUUUUCGAUGUACCAGCCGAUAACGUUGAGGAAGUCAGUCUAAUUGUGAAAGUCAUUGAUUACGACAGAAUCGGAUCAAAUGAAUUAAUGGGAUGCACAGCGAUAGGCGCGAGCUUCAUCGGAAUCGGUAGAGAUCACUGGCUGGAGAUGCUCGACAAUCCACGCAAACCCGUCGCCCAAUGGUAUCCACUUCUCGAGACUGUAGCAGGACACAUCCCGUCGGUCAGCUCAGAACCACUUCCAGUGAGCUUGAGCUGCUUGAACAGUAGAUGAAGCUCACGCGCCCGGAGCCGUUGAACCUGAAA